CCCAAUUAAAUGCACAUGCGUACUCAACAAAUUGUCAGAAAAUCGAGAACCUGUUCAAAUGAGGGAAAACACAUCCAAAUAAUUUAAUGUAACUCGCAUUACCAGACUCAAUGGGCAGUAAUGGAGAUCAGUAUUUUAAUGCUACAUUUAGUAGUGAACCACCUGUCCCAGACUUCCAGCCAUUUAAUCGGCAAAGAGGAAUGGCAAGAGGACAUAGAAAUAUGAUGGGCCCAAUGCCAGGGCCUAGGAACUUUGGUCCACCUGGCCAUGGAAUGAGACCAAGGAUGGAAAUGCCUAGAAUGGAUGUGCCUCCAGAUCUUAGGGAUGGACCAUUACCUGGUCAAAUGUAUAAUGAAGGUUAUGGAUCUAGGAUUGAUAGUCCAAAGUUUGAUGGUCUAGGAUCAAGAAUAGAUCAGGGGUUAACAAACGAUUUUGCAGCUCUCAAUCUGCAAAUUCCUGGUAGUGGUUUAAAGGGGUCAAACCCAGGGGCAGAUGAAUUCAUACCGAAGUCUGCAACAUUAACUCAUAGUGCUAGUUCUCCUAAUUUCUCAUCGUUCAACAAUGGGCCAGUUGGUAUGCCACCCAUGUCUAAUGCUGCACCUCAUAUGAUGGAUAAUGGUCACAUGGGAAAUUCCGUGCCUGGAGGUGAUAUUCCAAUGCCUGUCGGAGGCCCUAUGAUGUCCAACACACCACCACCUGCUCAUUUAAUGCCAUCAGGCAUGUCAGGAGUUGUUUAUUCGACAGCCAGUCCUAACAACAGUCCUCAUUUGUCUCCAACAAACUCUCCUCUUAUGAUGAGAAGGACUGGUUCUCCAUUAGCACCCAUUAAACCAGGAACACCAAAGAAAAACCAAGCCAGCACCAUUCAGGAAAGUGUUGGUGGAACAACCUAUUUCUACAAUCCUGAAGAUUAUACUGUACAAAGGGAGGGCAUUCAAAUACCAAAUUUUACCAUGUUUCCAAGUAUACCUCCACAUGUGGCACACAUGACAGUGAAGAAAAACAUGCCACAGUUCUUCAUGUGUGAUGAACUUAAAAUGGACAUAUUAAACAGGCAUUCUAUGACAUUGGCACAAAUAGAUCUGCAACAAAACCCAGAUAUCCCAACAGAAGUAGAUAAUUAUCAUCAUUUGUUUCCAUUGGAGCCCCCUCCACCAAGUUCAAUGCAGAAAUCAAACAGAUUUAGUUACCCCACCACUUGUUAUAAAGCUGUCAAUACCAAAGAUGGCCUCACAUACUGUCUACGUAGAAUUCAUGGUUUUCGAUUGUCAAAUACAAAGUGUAUGAUGAUAAUAGACAUGUGGAAAAAAAUGUACCAUCCUAACAUAGUACAACUGAGAGAAGUUUUUACUACUAAAGCAUUUGGUGAUAAUUCAAUAGUAUUUGUGUAUGAUUUCCAUGCCUGUGCGGAGACUUUGAUGGGUAGACAUUUCAAUAAUCCUGGAUCUAUUAAUGGUUACAACCAGUCAUUCAAUAUGGAUGGAAGUUCAAGGUCAUACAACUCCAGUGGAAAUGGCAAAGGAGGAGGAGGAGGUGCCAACACUCCCCGCCAGCAUGCAGGUUUAUUACCUGAAAGUUUGAUAUGGGCAUAUGUUGUACAAUUGAGUUCUGCUCUGAGGGCCAUACACGCUGCUGGCCUUGCCUGUAGAACUAUGGACCCAACCAAAAUUCUUAUCUACAGCAAGUCACGGUUACGGUUGAAUUGUGUUGGCAUCAUGGAUGUGUUGACAUUUGACAAUAACCAGGGCAAUCCGUUAGCAAUGAUGCAGCAUUAUCAGCAAGAAGAUUUGGUGUUCCUUGGAAAGGUUGUGCUAGCUUUAGGCUGUAACAGUAUCAUGGCCAUACAACGGGACAACUUUACAUCCUCCAUGGAACUUGUAGCACGCAAUUAUUCAGCAGAUCUCAAAAAUUUCUUCGUGUAUCUGUUAACCAAUUCUAACCGACCACGAAGUAUUAACGAUAUUAUGCCUAUGAUUGGUGCCAGAUUUUAUACACAAUUAGACGCAGCCCAGCUUAGAAGUGAUGUGAUGGAUUCAGAGUUAUCUAAAUCCGUAGAAAAUGGCAGAUUAUUUCGGUUGUUAUGUAAACUGGGUACAAUCAACGAGAGGAAAGAGUUUCAGAUGGAUCCUCAAUGGUCAGAAACAGGUGACCGAUACAUGUUGAAACUUUAUCGUGACUUUUUGUUUCACCAGCAUGAUGCUAAUGGUGCUCCCUGGAUUGACAUGGCACAUAUCCUUCAGUCUCUAAACAAGUUGGAUGGUGGUACACCAGAAAAGAUUUGCCUUGUUUCACGUGAUGAAAAUAGUGUUCUAGUAGUGACAUACGCUGAAUUAAAACAAAACUUUGAGCGAGCAUUCAGUGACUUACUGACAGCUAGUGAAUCACAGAGCAAUGCCUUCACGUAGGAAUAUAUUAAGAUCUUAUAGUUACGGAAUAUAGAUCUCAAUACCAGAACAACUUACACAUAUUUAAACCAGUGUUUUCUGUGAAAAUCAAUUUCCUUGGAACUGAAUGGGAUUUUUUUUUCAAAAAUUCUUUUCAGUAUUAAAAAAAUAUUAUGUUCAUACAUUUUAUAUGUAUUUUGUGGAUUGACUUGAUUAUUUAAAUAAGUUUUCCAAACCAAAAAGAAAGAAGAAAGAAAUUAUUGUUAGUAUGUGUUCAUUCCAUCUAAAGGAAAAUUUGAAUAAUCAAAAUUGGAAUUAUUCUUGUAGACAUAAUGAAAUAGACAUUGUGUGCAAUGACAGUGAUUGUACAUUGUGAAUUUUGACAUGGAAAGUGCUUUCUUGUGAUAUAGACACAUUGUUACUAUGACAAUUUGUUGCUAUGACUACAGACUACAUGUUUUUGUUACUUGUUGAUGUUUGAACAAGGCAGCACAUGCUAAAGAAAUGGAGUUCCUGCUUAACUUAUUUUGACUCCAUUCCUAACUUAUAAGAUUGUUGAAUAUUUUAAACUAUUAUUGACUAUUUUUGUUCUGUCAAAUGACAUUUUAAUUUGUACAGAAUCUAUAUUAGUAAAAAAUGUGUCGUAGAUUUAUAAUCUUGACAAAAAAAUGAAAAGAAAUAUUUUGAAUAUGAAUUUUCUACUUUCAUAAUCAUGCAGAUUUGUCUCCACGGUAAAACAAGGGCAUUUUUUGUAAUUUAUUUAUUGUAAUCAUGUCAAGGUCAUAACCUUUCACCUUUCUAAAGAACAGAGAAAUUAUAAGGUGAUAAGGUAACAACAUUACUUUAUUUAUUUAUUUUAUUUAAAAAAAUUGUCUUGUUAUCUUGGCAUUCUGGACAUGUGGACCAUUUUUUUUUUACACACUUAGAAAUUCACAGAUAAAAUUUAAAAACAUUUUAAAAACUGCUUGCUAAAAUAAAUUAAACUUUAACAUUGUCGAUCUAUAAAGAUAAAAUCAACUCUUAUUUUUACUUGAUUAAUUUAUAAAACUAUCUCUUUAGGCCAUGUAAAAGAAACCUAUUGUUUCUUGUUCCUGCUCAGGUUUGAUUCUGAAUCACCCAGUUUAUAGUUUCUCUUACAAUUUUUAUUGUUAAAAGUAUGCUCCAAAAAAUACUAUUUGAAAGUUAAAUCAAGAUGAGACACCAACAAAUCUUACAGUAUUAAAGAAUCUAAACAUUGAAUUCAAUGGUCUUUUGUGUUGCAGUCACAUUGUUUCUUUUGUCAGACCUUAAUUGGACAAGUUUUAUAGGGAUAACCAUGUAAUUCUUUCUAUCAAUUUUUAUUUCUCUUUUUUUUUAUGAUUUUGAAGUUAGAAAAUUUUAAUUCUUGUUUAUUUAUACAAAUUUUUAAUGAUGACAAUGGUUAUUUGAGAAGUACACAGGAUUUUAUAAUGGUGAUAUCUUUCUAAAUGCUACUUAUAGUCAGCAUAAGGAUUAUAAAUUUAGCAUGGUAAAAAGAUACUUUGUUUUAUGAAUAAAUGAGAUACAGGUACAUUACAAUGAGAGAGCAGUUUAACAAAAAAAAGGUCACAUGACAUAUCAAUAAUGCAGUCUCUCAUGCUUUAUGUAGUUUAGUAAUUUGAUAAAUUUUCCAGAAAAAAAUACAUAUCAAAAUAUAAUUUUAUUUGAAGAUAAUUAAAGUGUAUAUGAUGUGACUGUCAGAUAUGUUUCAUAUUAUACUAAUGUUGAGACCAUGUUUCAUGUCUAUCACACCCAAUAGUAAUAUCACUGCAGAGACAUUUUUUUAUUUUUAUUUUCUCUAAUACAAAGAUGAUAGAAAACCAAUUACAGGUUGAUAUACCAGUAGCUGCAUCUGGCAUGUUUUUUGUUAUUUCAAUUGUAAACAAUGAAAAAAUAUGAGGACAGUACUUGCACAAAAAAAAUACUAUCUUUAUUCUGAUCUGACACUGAAUCUCUAGGGUAUGUGUUUUUUAUAGUCACAUGGUAGUAUUUGCUAGGGAACCCAAAUUCAUAGUGUUGUUGUUAGAUAUAAUGGAAUUUAGAUGGUAGAAAUCUGAAUAGCACAUCAUGGUAUAACAUCUUGCACAUGAAUACAAGAGGGUUAGGGUCAAAUUACCCUUACCAGGACUAAUUUCAUUGACAUAUUACAAACAGAGUUUGUAUGUUGAUAACUUAGACAAUUCUGAACUUGUUAUGAAUUCUUGAAGGUCAAGGAUAGACCUCCCCAUCAUUGUAAAGUGAUUGUACCAUUAUUUGUUUUAACAUGGAAAAAACCCAAAUUUUAGAAUAAUAUAACUUAUUGUUAGAUAAGUAUUAAUAGAGCUGCUUUCUUCAAUUGUUUAUAACGGUAUAUUUACAGAAGGUUUUAAACAUUGAACCUUUAUUAUGGUGAAUAUUGAGCAUGUAUAAGGAAAGCUGUUUCAUUAUAAAAUCCUGUGUACCAUUCUCCCGUCUUCCUGUGAUGAGACAAGAUAUUGCAUGUGAUGUACAAUUGAACAAUGUUAAAACCGUCUAUGAUGGAAAUGACAUGUAAAAUAUUUAUACAAUAAAAUGUGCAAUAGUG